CGUUAGCGCGAGGGUCGUGUGCAAAGCCUCUGUUCGUUGGAGAGCCGUGCAGGCCGCUCAGAGCCCAGGUUCCUGAGACUUAACCUUUCCUCAAGAUCGGAAUAAAAGAGGUCAGAUAAUGACAGCAUUGUCCUUAACAGCCAGGCCCCAGGAACCAGUGACUUUUGAGGAUGUGGCCGUGUACUUCACCGAGGAGGAAUGGGCCAGCCUGGUACCUGCUCAGAGGGCCCUGUACAGGGGUGUGAUGCUGGAGAACUAUGCGGCUACGGCCUCCCUAGCAUCACCCACUUUCAAACCCGCUCUGAUCUCUCAGCUGGAGCAAGGGAAAGAGCCAUGUUUCAUCGAGCCACAGGGAGCCCUGAGUAGGAGGGAAGGCCUUGCAGGCUACAACUCAAAAAUAAGAAGAUGUGCCUACUUAGCUAAAAUGAUAUCAUAUGCAAUAAAAUUAAAAAUUCUUCAAAAUCAUCUCUUCUGGGAAGACAGAACAAAGGCUUAAUUCUUUACCUUUAAAUACCAGUUUUCAGAGUAAGGAGUUGAUUUAAGGUCCAUCUUAAAUGAUGUCAAACAUGUAUUUUCUUGGU